ACUCGAAAUCGUGAGAUGGGAUGAUUCCCUUCUCUUGUGCGACAGAUCACAUCACAUUCCCAUCGCACGGUGCCCAAAAUCUGCAUUCUGGAAAGGGUGGGAUGCGGCUUAUCGCCUGAGGAAAACUCUCACUUAGGUAGUGGCGUUGCCAUGUUUACUAACCAAUAGAGUUAAGCGUCCAGUGCACGUGAUACUUGUUUAAAUUUGACAGCUGGCGGCAUUUGUGUUGUUUCAAAAUCAAAUCUUUGAAUCUUAUGUUUUGUGCUUUGAAUAUUCCAAGGUAAAAAUAGUUUACAUUACAUUUAAAGUGAAAUACGUACAAUACUGAUUUGGUAUACCAAAUAAGCAUGUUAUUUUUUAAAUUUUAUGUUAGAAUGCGUAUGUAUAAUGGUAACUUUGUAGCUAAGAACGAAAUGGAAGUCAAAAAGGAGAGGUUGUCGUCGGUAAACCGUGCGCAGAAAAGUAUUAUUACCGAAUUUAUGGAAAGUCAUCCAGAACUAAGAAGCGGUCAAUUUUCUAAUUCGUUUUCCCAUAAAAAUGCUCAAGCAUUAUGGUCUGAGCUGUUAAGCUUAAUUAACAGUGUUCCGGGAGGCGGCAGAAAAGAGACUUGGCAGCAAAUCCGAAAGUGUUGGCAAGACAUGAAAAAAAAAGUCAAGCAAAAAAAAACCUUAUUAAAUAAGUACUACGCUGGCACCGGGGGUGGUGGUCCUCCAACUAACGACCUAGACCAAGAGGACGAAAAAAUUUUGCAACUUCUGCCAGCAGUAUCUGUUUCUGGGGACCCCAAUAUAUCAGAGUCUGCCGUUACAUUUGUCUUCGAGACUUCCGAUUUUGAGCAGCUAAUUGACGAUAGAACACAAGAAAAUGAGGGCAAUGAAACUAACUCACAAGUUUUACAUGAAGUUACAAAUGUAAGUUGCAACAUAGCAAGACGUUCCACUAAUUAUUAUUCUGAGGUUGAAAGUUCAUCGUCCACAGAAAAACUUAAUAUAAAGCAGAAGUACUAUCAAAAAAAGUUGGAAUUAAUAGAAGAAGACAGCAAAAGGCGAGAGUUAUACGAGAAUAAAAAACUGGAGUUACUAGGCAAACAAGUGGAUGCGUUGGAAAAAAUAGCCGAAAAUUUGUCACUCCCACGUUACCCACAAACAACACAAAAGGGAUAA